AUGUGUGGUGACUUGGUGGACCACUGCGGCACUGGUGGAUUACUGCGGCAUGGGCCACAGCGGCAGUGGUGGAUUACUGCGGCAUGGGGACCACUGCGCAGUGGUGGAUUACUGCGGCAUGGGGACCACUGCGGCACUGGUGGAUUACUGCGGCAUGGGGGGCACUGCGGCAUGGGGACCACUGCGGCACUGGUGGAUAACUGCGGCAUGGGGACCACUGCCGCACUGGUGGAUUACUGCGGCAUGGGGACCACUGCGGCACUAGUGGAUUACUACGGCAUGGGGACCACUGCAGAACUGGUGGAUAACUGCGGCAUGGGGACCACUGCGGCACUGGUGGAUUACUGCGGCAUGGGGACCACUGCGGCACUGGUGGAUUACUAUGGCAUGGGGACCACUGCGGCAGUGGUGGAUUACUGUGGCAUGGGGACCACUGCGGCAGUGGUGGAUUACUGUGGCAUGGGGACCACUGUGGCACUGGUGGAUUACUACGGCAUGGGGACUACUGCGGCACUGGUGGAUUACUGCGGCAUGGGGACCACUGCGGCACUGGUGGAUUACUGCGGCAUGGGGACCACUGCGGCACUGGUGGAUUACUACGGCAUGGGGACCACUGCGGCAGUGGUGGAUUACUGCGGCAUUGGGAUCACUGCGGCACUGGUGGAUUACUGCGACAUGGGGAGCACUGCGGCACUGGUGGAUUACUACGGCAUUGGGAACACUGCGGCACUGAUGGAUUACUGCGGCAUGGGGACCACUGCGUCACUGGUGGAUUACUGCGGGAUGGGGACCACUGCGGCACUGGUGGAUUACUACAGCAUGGGGACCACUGCGGCAGUGGUGGAUUACUGCAGCAUUGGGACCACUGCGGCACUGUUGGAUUACUGCGGCAUGGGGACCACUGCGGCGCUGGUGGAUUACUGCGGCAUGGAGACCACUGCGGCACUGGUGGAUUACUGCGGCAUAGGGACCACUGCGGCACUGGUGGAUUACUGUGGCAUGGGGACCACUGCGGACACUGGUGGAUUACUGCGGCAUGGGGACCACUGCGGCACUGGUAGAUUACUGCGGCAUGGGGAGCACUGCGGCACUGGUGGAUUACUGCGGCAUGGGGACCACUGCGGCACUGGUGGAUUACUGCUGCAUGGCAGACAUGUUGGCAACCGUAGGUGCCUUUUUUUAAGUUAUUAUUAG